UAUGUUACAGGUUGUACAUCGCCGUCUCAUCGGUGUUUUUUAAUUUCUAUUGUAGAGUCGUUAUAAGAAUGGUUUUAUCGUUGAUAUAAGCUGGGCUGCAAAAAUACGGAACGAUUGCUGUCGGUCCAAGAAUUGCUGGAACCAUAUAAAGGAUAAAACUUUUUCUUCGUUUUUUUUUUCUAAAGAAGAUGUCAAGAUCUGGGGCAGAUGUCAGUGUGGUAUUAAGCAGUAGUUCCAGAUUUCUUUGUUUCUGCUUGUCACUGCUCCUGAUUUUCCUUACUUCCAGUCCAAAUGCUGAUGCUGUUGAUUCAAACAACUUCAAAAAAUGUGACCAAAGUGCUUUCUGUCGGCGACAGCGAAACUACAAGCCAACUAAAUCUCCUUAUGUCGCUGAUUUAUCAACUCUUUCAAUAAUUCCCAAUCAAGAAGUUUCAAUAAAAAUCACAAAUGUAGAAAAUUCGAAAUUAUUUCAUAUGCAAUUAUUCAUGUUAACUGAUAACACUGUGCGACUGAAAGUUAAUGAAGCAAGUCCUAUCAAACCUCGUUAUGAAGUUCCAGAUGUCAUUGUCAAAAAUCUCAUUUCUACUCAAUUUUCUGCUUCAAAGCAAGAAGAGAACAAGACAGUUGUAGUGACAAGUGGUAACCAUAAAAUACAACUGAUGGCCGAUCCAUUUCGAUUAGAUAUAUUUACUGAAGGUGAACCUGUGUUCAGCAUUAAUUCACGGCACAUGUUUCACAUAGAACAUCUUCGUGAAAAACCAACGAAGGAAGGCAUCAAACAAGAUAAAAAGUCUGAAGAGGGAGGGGGUGGACUUGGAGCUGCGAUCACUGGUUUAUUCAGAUGGACAGAGGAUGGUAAAAGAGAGCCAGUCGAUUCCGAAGACGCUGCUGAUGGUGGAAAUGUAGAAGACGCUGGGGCUGCGAAAGAAGAAGGAGAGGCAGGUAAAAACGAAGAAUCAAAUAUUGAAAAACGUGAUGUUGAAGCACAACAAGAGGAAGAAGAAGAGGGAGGUGAUUCUCUUGCUGAUCAUCCAGACAACCAGGAUGGAAUGUGGGAAGAAUCUUUCAAGAGUCACAGGGACAGUAAACCAAGAGGUCCUGAAUCGAUUGGAGCCGACGUUAGCUUUGUCAACUUUGCUCAUGUUUAUGGAAUUCCUGAACAUGCAGAUCAUUUUGCUCUUCAAUCUACUAUUGGAGGAGAACCAUACAGACUUUACAACUUGGAUGUCUUUGAAUACGAAUUAGACAGUAAAGCUGCAUUGUAUGGUUCGGUUCCAUUUAUGAUUGGCCAUAACUCAAAAAGAACAGUUGGAAUGUUAUGGCUGAAUUCGGCAGAAACAUGGAUCGAUGUUGAUUCAAGUAAGGAUAGCCGUGGUGUGAUGGGAACCGUAUUUGGAUAUUUUGCAGGAGAAGAUGUGCCUGAGGUUAAUGUUCAUUGGAUGUCAGAAAGUGGAAUCAUCGAUAUUUUCUUCUUCCUCGGCCCAACCCCACAUGAUGUCAUGAAUCAAUAUACAUCACUAACAGGGAUGCCAUACAUGCCACCUCACUGGGCUAUUGCAUACCAUCAGAGCAGGUGGAAUUACAAUGACGAAGAAGAUGUGAAAUCGGUGGAUUCUGGUUUCGAUGAAAACGAUAUUCCCUACGAUUGCUUGUGGUUGGAUAUUGAACAUACUGAUGGAAAAAGAUACUUCACUUGGGACUCGAAAAAAUUUCCCAACCCAGAAGCAAUGCAAAAUAACAUUGCUGCUAAGGGAAGGAAGAUGGUGACAAUCAUCGAUCCACAUAUCAAAGUUGACUCUGGUUAUCAUAUUUACAGCCAAGCUCAAAGCAAAGAUUUAUUUGUUAAAAAUGCCCAUGGAUCAGAGUUUCAAGGUUGGUGCUGGCCUGGUAAUUCAGCCUACCUCGAUUUCACAAGAGCAGAUGUCAGGGCAUGGUGGGCAUCGCAGUUUACUUCUGAAUUUUACAAAGGUUCAACCCCACAUCUUUUUACAUGGAAUGACAUGAAUGAACCAAGUGUAUUUAAUGGGCCUGAAAUCACGAUGUUUAAAGAUAAUAUUCAUCAUGGUGGUUGGGAACACAGACAUGUGCACAAUUUGUAUGGCAUGUAUUUGCAAAGGGCAACAGCAGAAGGCCAACUUGUGCGAUCGAAUGGAAAUGAAAGACCUUUUGUUCUGACCAGAUCGUUUUUCACUGGCAGUCAGAGAUUUGGUGCAAUGUGGACUGGUGAUAAUACUGCUGAAUGGAGUCAUCUCAGAUACAGUGUACCAAUGCUUUUAUCUGUUGGAUUGGGUGGAAUUUCACAUUGUGGAGCCGAUAUUGGAGGAUUUUUCAAAAAUCCAGACCCAGAAUUGUUGACACGUUGGUAUCAAGCUGCUGCCUAUCAGCCCUUCAUGAGAGCUCAUGCACAUAUCGAUACACCAAGAAGAGAGCCGUGGUUGUAUGAUGAAAUAUAUAAAAACACUAUUCGAGAAAGUCUAAGAAGGAGAUAUGAACUGUUGCCAUAUUGGUACACUCUUUUCUAUCAAUCACACAAAACUGGGUUACCAGUAAUGAGGCCACUCUGGUUUGAAUUUCCCCAAGAAAGUGAAAUCUUCGCGUCAGAAGAUUCAUUCAUGAUUGGUGAUGCACUUCUUGUCAGACCUGUUGUUGACCCUGGAACUACAAGCACUACUGUCUUCUUACCAGGUACCCAGGGUUGGUAUGAUGUCGAUACCUGCAUGAAAUUUCCAAGUCCUCAAUCUGUAUCGAUAGCCACUCCAUUGCAAAAGAUUCCAGUGUUCCAACGAGCUGGAACAAUAAUCCCUCGUAAAAUGAGGGUCCGCAGAUGUUCAACUUUGAUGUUAAAUGACCCUAUCACAUUAUUUGUAGCUUUGGACUCGAAGGGUAAAGCAGAUGGAUAUUUAUACAUAGACGAUGGACAUUCAAUGAACUUUGAAAAACAAAAACAAUUUUUGCACAAGCAUUUAGUCUUUGAAAAUAAUAAAUUAUCAUCAAGCGACAUCUCUUUAGACAUGUAUAAAACUGAAUCAUGGUUGGAGAGAGUUGUAAUCAUGGGUGCCAGGAAACCAAGUAAAAUUACUUUGGAUACAGAUGGUGUCCAAAGCGACCUAGGAUUUGUUUAUGAUGCAAGUAUUCAGAAAUUGACCAUUAGAAAACCAGGAGUCAACGUUGGAAAGAAUUGGACCAUCACUAUAUCUUAAAUUAUAUUUCACUCUCUAAUCUGGUCAAAAAUUAACACUAUGAUAUUUUGUCAAGUGUAUAAAAGGAUAGACCAGUUCUUGAAAUCUGGAUUUGUCUAUUGUUUAAGCACUAGCAGACUAUAGUUUAGUGUUAUUUAUAUGGCCUGUUUAUUACUAUAUUAUGUAGUUUCUGUGCCAAGUAAAAUAUUAUUUACAAAAUACUGUUGUGUCAUACAUGAAGUAUUUGCCUCUAAUUUCUAAUACCUAGUUCUAAUAUUAGUUCCAUUAUAUAUAAUACCUGCUUACAAUAGAUUUUCAUGGCCACCUAACAUACAUAUUUAAUUUUUUAGCUCUCAUGCAAUUUGCUUAAUUGAUCAACCAGAAGGAUAUAUGAAACUUUUGGCAUCAUUCUGCCAAAAAAAAUUGCAUUGUCUUGUAUUAAUUUUUUAUUGCAACUUGUGUUGCCACAAUUCUAUACUAUAGUUGCAAUAGUAAUAGAUAUGCUUAUCCAUAGAAAUAGUAUGGAUGAGAUUCCAUGAUAUUCUUUUAAUGUAUCUCUACGACAAAAGUUCUCUCUACGACAAAAGUUCUCUCAAUUUGUCAAGUCUUCGGUUGUUUUGUACAAGCUGCUAUUUCUUUGCAAAAUUGCUUCAAAUGUAUUUGUCAAGUUCACAAAAUGCACCUAUUAAAUUAAUCUUUUUGUUUUGUAUUCUAAAAGUUCUCUUCGCAGUACUGUUUUCGAAACUGUAUAUGAAAUGGUAAACGUGAUGAUUUGUUUCAAAACUUAGUGAUUUAGUUUAUUUCAAGUGAUUUAUUGAAGGGUUUGGUACUGGAUGCAUUUUCAUGGUGCUCUUUACCCACCAUGGGGAGCUUUAGUGCAAUUUAAUGAAAUAAAGGGGUCUUGAAUCGUU